AUGCUGGUUUUGAGGAUAUUUGUAAGAACAAGGGAGGUUAGAUAUGAAGGUAAACUGGGUGGGGAUGACCCUUAUUUUGAUAGUUCAGAUCCGGGUAGUGACAUUAAUGAUGAAGAGGAAGGACCUGUUGAUGAUGAUGAAGUGGUAGAUCCACUACCUAAAACUUCUUUUAGUAAGAUCUACUUUGAUAAAACUGCAAAGAAGGUAUGUUUUCAGUUGUACAUGGGUUUUUUGAAUUCUAUUGAGUUUAGAGAGGCACUGCAGAGUUACUCUAUUCAAAAAAGUGUGAACCUUAAGUUGAAACCUAAUGAGAAGGAAAGGAUAAGGGCUAAGUGUAAGCAUAAGGGUUGUCCUUGGGUUAUUCUUGGAAGUGUUGAUAACACAGGAUUUUUUACUGUAAAAACUUACUUUCCUGUACACAAGUGUUGUAAAAGGACAAGAAAUAAUAUGUGCAACCCUUUGUGGAUUAGUAAGCAUUACAAGUAUAGGAUUAUGAGUGAUCCAUCAAUAAAAUUGCAUCAGAUUCAAAUACUUUUAAGAAAGUACUAUGGGCUAUAUGUUAGUAAAACAACCUCUAGAAAAACAAAAAUCAGAAUUAUGAAUGAACAUUUUGGUGAUUUUGUUGAAGAGUUUUCUAGGUUGUAUGACUAUGCUGAACAGUUGAGGACCACCAAUCCUGGUACCACUGUAUCUAUUAGGACAUCUAAGAAUGCAAUUCCAGGAAAAGAGGUGUUUAUGGGCAUUUAUAUUUGUCUAAGGGUCUUAAAAAGUAGAUGGAAAGAGGGCUGCAGAAAAAUAAUUGGCUUAGAUGGUGCCUUUCUAAAGGGUGUAUGUAAAGGUAUCUUGUUGUCUUGCAUUUCCAAAGAUGAAAAUAAUCAAAUGUACCUUGUAUCAUGGGUUGUGGUUGAUAAAGAAACCAAGGACACGUGGUCAUGGUUUCUUAGGUGCAUCAACCAUGAUUUGGAACUUAAAGAAAAUAGGGGUGAAGACUUGACAGUAAUGUCUGAUAUGCAGAAGGGUCUUCAUUUGACACUUACUAAUAUACUGCCAAAUGCUGAGUAUAGAUGGUGUGCUAGACAUAUAUGUGCCAACUGGAAGCAGGUUUAG